UACGCCGACGGUCGUUCAAGUCCACUACAGGGCGGAUGACGAUCACGAUAAUAUUAUAUAUUUUAUACUCGGGAAAUCGCACGGAGGUAAAAAAUAAAUAAUACAAUUUUCGUCAUCGCGUCAUUAUAACAAUAUACGAUAUAAUUGUUAAUAAAAAUUAUACCACGGUCGUGUAUAUAUGAUACGAAACGAUUUUCUUACUUACGCGUUUCGCGCGAACGGUCGGCGUAGGUUUUUGAUUUUUUUUUUUUUAACGCACGCGCUAUUAUAGUCUGCGGUAAAUUGUGUCGCACAGUAUAGCAAUUUUGCACGAAAAUCACGCGGGAUUCGAAAAAAAUAAAAUUUCACGAUGUUUUCGCACUCGCCGUUGCUAUGGUCGACGGCGGCGUUCGUGCUGUUGACACUGUCGUCGGCCGAGUUCGACGGUCAAGUUCAUCGGAACGACGACGGUCUAUUACCGCUACCUCGGUCGUCACGAUUACCAUCGGCGCUCAACGGCUCCGGCGUGGCCUUUCCGCCGGGUAACGGUGAAAAUGUACCACCACCGAAGGACGACGAUGUCGACAUUUACCCCGAAUCGUGGGUCUCCGAUUUGUUUUACCGAACGUUGGCCAAUUUCACCGUUCAGCGCGUGGGCAGCUCCGCUUGCCAGCGACAAGUGGACAUGUACGUUCGAAACUUACAGAAUUACACCGAUUGGGCCGUCAGAAUGGCAGAGUCUUGGAAUCGACAUCCAAUUGGCAUACUAGCUGGCAACAAAUAUCAUAUGGGUAUUUAUGACGAAUGUGUCGACGUUAAUUAUCCAGUGAAGGGACAGUAUUGUUUGUCUGAAAUACAUUUAUUUCCGCCAAUGGGCAAAAAUUACUCUUUCCAAAAAGGAACGGACAACAUUAAUGACGUUAGCGACAAUCACGCGUGGAAAACAGUACUUGGGUGGGUCGAUUCUCCAGAUCUAGUCAAACGAAACAGUUUGAAUUUAGGGAUAUGCAUACCGGAUUCUUGUUCAGCGGCAGAUCUACAGACGUCGUUGCAAAAUGAAUUUGACAAGGUGUUUUUACCGGAGAAGUUCAAAGCUGUCGUCCAAGUAGACCCGAUACUCUGCACUGUGAGUGGAGAUAUGUAUCCUUACGACAUGGCGUAUUUUUUAACCAGUGCAUUUUUCGUACUACUUGUUAUGAUCUGCUGUGGUGUGACCGUUGGUCAUUUCAUAAAACUAUCGCGUCAACAAAAUAAAACCUUAUCAGAUGAUGAAUUCUUCAUUUCAUUUUCAUUUAUCAAGUCUGUCAAAGAAUUAUUAAAAUAUGAUAAAACGAACGAAUUAAAUAUUCUGAAUGGUAUGAAAGUGACAACCAUGAUAUUCAUUUUGUUUGGUCACAGAUUCAUGUAUUUAGUAGGAAAUCCUAUGAGUCAUCCUAAAUUAAUCGAAAAUUUGUACAAGUCUGGACCUGAUAUAUUAUUGACUAGUAUGAAUCUAGUAGAUCCGUUUUUCUACAUUAGUGGUUUUAUCUUGUACAUGACAACCUCUCCGAUAUUCAUGAAAGCUGGAUCAGUAUGGAUAAAGCUUGCGUCACCGGUUAUCUACCGAAUAGUAAGAAUGUUACCGGCUUAUUGUGCAAUGAUGGCGAUCACAGCUAAUAUCGUACCUCAUCUUGGUGACGGGCCACUUUGGCCUCAAAAAGCCUGGAGCGAAGCGGAGACAUGUAAAAAAUAUUGGUGGACCAAUUUGCUUUUUAUAAGUAAUUUUAUAGACGCCAAGUAUGAAUGCCUCAUAGUGAGCUGGUACAUAUCGUGUGACGUUCAGUUCUUCAUAGUUGGAGUUGCUUUAGUUUAUAUUUACACAAAGAACACUAAAUACGGAAUUGGAUUGCUCUCAACCAUUAUUAUUGCGUCGAUAUUUACGCCAUUUAUAAGUACGAUUUUGAAUAAAAGUGAUGGAAUACUUAAAGUACAUAUUCCAUUUUUAGAAAACCCCAGAACUUCUACAACGUUUAAUGAGUCUUACAGAGCAAGUCACAUGCGAGCUACGCCUUUUUUUGUUGGGGUGGCAAUGAGCUUCGUUGCUAGUAAAUUGAAAAAGACAAAAACAAAAUUAUCAUUGAUUACUGUCUACGGAGGGACGUUAGUUGUAACUGUGGUCUCUUUGUGGGUACAGUUUUACGGUGCUAAAUUUUAUGUGAGAAAUAGACCUUAUCAUUUAUUGGAACAAGCUCUAUAUUCGACAUUUAGCCAUUGGACAUGGACGGCAAUAUGUGUGUGGUUCACCAUUUGCUAUUACACAACUGGUUACGGUCUUUUAACAAAAAUUUUUGAUAACAGAUUUAUUGUACCCAUGGGGAAACUCUCAUACUGCGUUUUCUUAGUGAACCUAAUCGUUAUGAUGAUGUCUCAGAGUUCUCAAAGACUACCCACUUAUCUAUCAAUAAAAUCAUUGUUGGAUGCUGGGAUAUACGAUACAUUUAAAACUUAUUUAAUGGGCUUAGCAUUAUACUUGGUCGUAGAAGCACCGUUUGGAGAUUUGACUAGAAAAAUGUUCGGGCGAGGGAAAAAGAGUGACUCGUCCAUAAGAAAUGAAGUACCAAUUGAAAAAACUACAACUGCAGAAACUCCAAAAAGAGUUGUGACUCAUUUAUGAUAAGUAUUAACUGAUUAAAUCUCAAAACAUAAGAAGAAUAGAUAUUACCUAUUUUUAUAUAUUAUAAUAUAAACUAUAUAAUUACAUUUUCAUCAGAUUUGAUUACAAUUAAAGAAUGAUAUGCGAUUUAUAAAUAUUUUUUUUUUGUAAAACAUAGUUUAGUUUUAUAAACAUGUAUCUCGUAUUGUAUUAUUUAGGUAUAUGUAUAUUGUAAUUAUGUAUUUAUUUUCUUUUUUUUUGGAAAAUAAAUGAAUUUUCUAUUAUA